CCGUGUGCACUGUCAAAGAAUUGAAAGUUGAAACGAAAGGUUUUGAGUCUCAACUCUCAAUUCUCAAAUUACUCUCUCCCUCACUCGUCUCUUCUCCCCACCAAGGCACCAAAUCACCUAAGUCCUAUCACGCCACCGACCCACCGCGCGCCGCCCACUCUAUCCUUUCUCAUCCUCGUAAGUUUAUUUUGCAGACUAUAAAUAACACAAAUAGGGGAGUUUUGGUAUUGCACAAAGGAUCAAGAUGUCAUCAAUCAGAAAUGCAAUCUCGAAAAGGGCGUAUAAGGAGCGAUCACAACCGGCUUCAAGGAAAAAGUUUGGGUUCCUUGAAAAGCACAAGGACUAUGUCAUCCGAGCAAGAGAAUUCCAUAAAAAAGAGGAUACAUUGCGAAGACUCAAAGAAAAGGCGGCGAAUAGGAACCCUGAUGAAUUUUAUUUUCGCAUGAUCAGAACUAAGACAGUAAAUGGAGUCCAUAGACCUGAGAACGAAGCAAACAAGUAUACACCUGAAGAACUUUUGUUGAUGAAAACACAAGACAUAGGUUAUGUGCUUCAGAAAAUCCAAAGUGAAAAGAAGAAAGUUGAAAAGCUUAAAGCUAUAUUACACUCUUUGGAUAUUCGGCCCUCAAGCAAACACAUUUACUAUGCAGAGAACAGUGAAGAGGCUAAUGAGAUACAAUCAAGAUCCUCAGAUAAGGAUGAGCUUCGUACAUCAGGGUCUGUACCUUAUGCUAUCAAGAGAAAAACAGAUGCUUCUUAUAGGGAGCUAGAGGCAAGAAUGAAAAGAAUUGAAGAUUUGGAAAAGGUCCAUGCAGAGAUGGCUUUGCAGAAAGAGCUACAGAAGAAGGGUAGGAAACGCAAACUACGGGAAGAUGAGAUCGUUUGCCCCACCUCUAGGUCAGUGUACAAGUGGCGUACAGAACGGAAGCGAUAAAUAAAGUUUAACAUAUAUACAAUAUUAUGACAGAAUGUUCUGGAUGUACGGGAUGCAAUUUUUGGUCCAAUUAUGAUUACCCUAGUCUUUAGUGGUGAGAUAUACCCUAGUUGAAUUACCUGUCUGGCUAUCUCACAGUCACAGUAUCAGGGGUUGCCUGCACUGUAGUCUUCCUAAGUUAAUUAGUUCGAGGUUCAUACGGUGACAUUAUCAGAAUGGAGUGAGAUGCACAUUAGGACUUAUGAGCUGAAUUAGUCUCCUAGAAGCUGUACAAUGUUGUAUUAAUCAAAAUUGCGCAUCUUAGAUGUUUUAUGGUGUCAAAUGUGAUAGUGAUACUUGUUUGAA